AUGAUGGAAGUAAGUGAAGUGCCCCCAACGCACCAGUCCACGGUGCCUUUGGCAGCGCAAGCAUCGACACAAUCGCAGUUACCACUGGAUUUUAGUGUCACCAUGGUGAACAUCAAGCUGAACAAUGUUAACGUUAGCAUGAGCCCGAACGUGAACAGUGGCAACCCUAACAAUAACAACAAUAACAAUAACAGCAUAAAUGUGAUGAUCGGUAAGGGUGCGGCGGCAAUAACGGACGAAAAUACGGGAAGCUCCGUCAAUGGGGUCACCAUCUCGAGACCCAUGAGCCCUAACGUGUUGAUGACGGCGAACAGCAAUCCCUCGGUGCACGGUAAUGGAGGCGCCAAUGGGGCCUCGAUGACGAGUGCAUUCAAGGUGGUAACACCGCGAGGAAAAGCCGACGCUCCCGUGCCACCCGCCAACGGAUUUUCGCCGCUCAUUUUCAACAACGAUCUGCUGGUGAAUCACUACCGCCGGCUGCUGCAUCCGGUCACUGCAGCUGCCCCACGACUUCCGAAUGGUGCCAACGGGUACAAUGACGUGGCAGAUGCUCCGCUCAAGGUAGCCCCCCGAGACGAGAUCAAGUUCGGUGUAAGCCGGUUGGUGAAGAACGAGUCGGAGGAUGAGGACAACAACAACGUGUAUCACCAUCCGCCCCACCAUAAUCCUCACCACAAUCCCCUGCACCAUCACCAGGCGCAUCUUCCGGCGCACAUGACCCACCCGCAGCAUGCCAUCAGUGGUCCGAAACUGUCCACUCUAUCCAGUGGGUAUGAUUCGAGCGCACUUAGCAGUCGAUCACGAUCACGUAGUAGAUCUCGAUCACGAGAUCGAUCGACACGAUCGCGAUCGUCGUCCAUCGAGCUGGAAGUGGAUUCACCGCCACCACCACGGAUCAUCCCUUCGCCGACGACGGAGAUCCCGCACGUUCCGAAGAACUCGGAAGCCUUCUCGGUGUCGGCGUUGUUGAAGCGCGAGGUGGAACCCAAAUCCAAGUCUCCUCUCUCUAAUGGAUCGUUCGAUGCGGUCAGGCCAAACUACACGCAGUUCUACGAGCAGAGCCUUCUCAACAGGCCACUGUUUCAUCCGUUUCCGUUCUUCGCGAUGUUGCAGCAGCAAGGACACCAGCUUAAUCCGGCGUUGGCAAACUACCAUCCCUCGACACCGGAGGAUAUUCUGCGAUUGCGCCAUUUCAUGACACAAAAUGCUGCGGCUGCCUCGGCAGGAGCUGGUGGAUCGCACCUGGACUUUAGUCAUCCUCAUCACCCGCACCAUUUGCUGAUGCGUCCUGACGUUCAUCCGCGGAGGACACACAACGGGAAGCGACCGUACGCCUGCGAGCUGUGUAACAAAUCGUUUGGGCACGAAAUAAGCUUAAAUCAGCACAGAGCGGUGCAUAACGUGGAGAAAGUGUUCGAGUGUAAGCAGUGUGGAAAGGCCUUCAAGCGGUCGAGUACGCUAUCGACACACCUGCUGAUACACAGUGACACUCGGCCCUAUCCGUGCGGAUUCUGUGGGAAACGGUUCCACCAGAAGAGUGACAUGAAGAAGCACACGUACAUCCACACCGGCGAAAAACCCCACAAGUGCCAGGUGUGCGGUAAAGCCUUCAGCCAAAGCUCGAACCUCAUCACGCACUCGCGCAAACACACCGGCUACAAGCCGUUCCAGUGCGAGCUGUGCCACAAAGCGUUCCAGCGAAAGGUGGACCUGCGCCGCCACAAGGAAACGCAGCACACCGAGAUCCGCACGAUGGUCAACUAA